AUGUCGGCAAAGAGAGGUAAAGGUGCCGCAGGCAACAAGCUCAAGAUGACUUUGGGUCUCCCAGUCGGAGCCGUCAUGAACUGCGCCGACAACUCCGGUGCCCGAAAUCUGUACAUCAUCGCCGUCGCCGGUGCAGGUGCCCGUCUUAACCGUCUCCCCGCUGCUGGUGUCGGUGACAUGGUCAUGGCCACUGUCAAGAAGGGAAAGCCAGAAUUGAGGAAGAAGGUCAUGCCCGCCGUUGUUGUUAGGCAGAGUAAACCUUGGAGAAGACAGGAUGGUGUUUAUCUGUACUUUGAGGAUAACGCUGGUGUGAUUGUCAAUCCGAAGGGAGAAAUGAAGGGCUCUGCUAUUACUGGACCUGUUGGAAAGGAAGCUGCGGACUUAUGGCCUCGUAUCGCGAGCAACUCCGGUGUCGUGAUGUGA